GAGACUACUGUGUGUCAUCAAUCAACCAUUAUGCGAAUGAAUGUUUGAGUUGGAAUUCAGCAACAUGAAUAAAGCAAGAAAUUUAGUGCAAAUUAUGGUUAAUAAUAACGAUAAUAAACGUGAUGAUAAUAACAAUAAUGAAAUAAUUUUCAAGCAUAUUCGAAACACUGAAUAUUUACAGGUUGAGUAGUAGGAACGUUUCCACCUCUGUUAGUUUAUAAAACCAAUUUCAACAUGAAAAGACAAACAUAUCAAAGACUUUUAUUUUUUUGAACAACUUGGUCGACUUCUACUUCACUCAACUGUUUUUAUUAACCUUAAGGAAUAUUCAAUGAAGAUAUACAUUUGAUCAACAGUAAAACGUAUAUAUUCAGAAGAGUGGGCUACGAUGAGUUUAACUGUCAAAGUCUCUUGUUUUGUGUCGUGAAAACACGAGUUGCGUGAAAAUCAUAUGAGAAUGAAUUAGUGAUGGAACACGUGAUUGAUAGUAUUCUAUAGGUACUCAAUUGCUGGACAAUGAUGACACAUGAAUAUCUCUGUCCCUCUAGAGGUCAUUUAUCGUUUGAAUAUCGCAGUAGUUACUCUUCAUUGUUGAAAAUUGAGUGAUAUGAGUUUGAAUCACACGGGUAGUAUAGGUUUUUUCGGAAGUUAGAGUAAAUCUCACCGAUUUAUACCAACUCGCUUCAAGAACGCCUGCCGAAAGACUACAAACAAUGAAUAUCAAUCAAAGUAUCUCCUCGUAAACAUUAACUAUGUAUACAGUUUUGAAAUUGAGGAUGCUGACAUAGGCAGCAGGCUAUAUAAAUCUUCAUCUACGAUUGCUUACUUAUGUAGAAACUCAUUUUGAUUCUGCUGCAAAAUUAAGAAGAAUUUCAAUACCAAAUAUAUUUCUAGACGUAUUCUAUGUUUUGCGAAAUUCGAUCACCUACAUCUCACGAUGAUAUCCAACUUCAAUCAAUACUUAACACAAACGUACAUUCGGUCAACAGUCAUAUGCAUCUAUACAGAAUAUCGGGUAUCGAUCAAUUUAUCUGUCACACUGAAUGAUAUAAAACGAUACACAGAAGGUCAUGAGGAUUAUGUCAUCAAUCAUCUUGAUCACAGUCUCAUAGAAAAUAUUCAUGUGACUUAUUAACUAGUCGCGUCUAAAAUCAUCAGAAUUAUUACUGAUAGUUCCAUAGAUUUAUGAACUGCGGAUGUACAAAAUUGACAAUUCUAUAAGAACGCCUUUACUUAACUUAUUUGAAAUCAGAUGGUAAAUGGAAUCAGUGUUUAUUCAUAGCUAAAGCAAUACUUCCUGUAACCUGAAGGACAACCUACUCGUUUUCACUUCAGUUUCUCUUUAGAAAAAUAGUACUCAUCUGUAAAAUAGAAAUUUUAUUCAAUUUUGUUCCGUGGGCGUAAAUGACUGUAAGUCAUAUAAAAGCAUCAUUAGUAAGUGACAUUCCUUCUUAUAAUCAAGAUUUAUAUCAGGCACAUUACACAAAAGAGAAAAUCAUAUAAUUUUGAUUAUUUAGAUAGAAUAUGGUGAUAAACAACAUAGAAGUACAUACAUUGACGUUUUUACAAACAACAACUGAGGUCAACAGACUGACGUCACUUUAAAAUCACACUCUCAGAGAGUGGACACUGAUAAUAUCAUCAUUAUUUUUAUUUUUAGAAGAAUAUUUCUUAUGAGUAAACUCAUAUUAGAUUAAAGGUACUGAAAUAGUAGAUGUAAUGAUUAUAUGUGAUAUACAGACACAUAUUCCUCACUGAAUCGUGAAGGUUCAAUAGAAAUUCAAGAGUACAUAUGAAGCACGUGUUGUGUCCCAGUCAAAUUACUAUUGUUCAUACAGGAUAAUAUGAUCGUGAUGGACAGCGUUAUCUUUUUGGUCACCUGAGCUAUAUGUUUCAGCCGUCGAACAGAUGAUGGUGUCGAGUAAAAUAGAGAUACAGGAGGUGAGUGUACAUUAUUAUAAAAGAGAGAAUACAAAAAAAUCUAAACAAUUAAAACAGCGAACAAUCAGCGUCAGAUAAUAUGGAACUGAAAUCACGUAUCGCCUUCUAUCUGACAAAUACUAUUGAUCACAGUCAUUUGACAUAGGUUUAAAUACAUUCUUUUCAGCUCAUCACCAAUUGUGCCGUCAGUGCAUAUACAGGUCGAUAUACAUUUAGGCGGUUCCAAGCAUCAGUUGAUCGUUGAAAAUUCACUGAUUGAGUUGCUUGCUAGAAAAAAAAGGUUCAAAAUACUGCAGAAUACAGUGGGUUAUGGAUAAUCUGGAUAGUCUGUUUUCCAAAAUCUCAGAUGUUAUAAGUAAGUUAGUAAGUACGCAAGCAAGUCAUUAAUACACUUGAACUUAAUGAGCAGUGUUUUUAGUCUUGUUCAGCUUGUUUAUCCAGACGUAAAUAUUUCCGAAAUCUAUUAACAGUCAGUAGUGUAAUACGAAGGAUAAAUAGAAUGGAUGUGGUUUUGUUCACAAGUUACCAUUUCAUAUUAAACGACUUAUGUAAUCGUUUGACAGAAUGUGUUUAUUGAAAUAAAAUUCAAAUGUGAAUGUGUAAUGUUUCAUAUCCACCAACUAGCAUUAAAGAAACUUGUGAAAGAUGAAACAAUAUUGCUACUUCGUUCAGAUAAGGGUUCCGAUGUAAUCGUUUUUAAGAGAGACGAAUACAUUAGCAAAAUAAUGUCUACUUUAAAUUAUUCCACUAGAUUUACCAUCAAUAAUACCCAGGAAGACUUAACAGAGACGACAGAGAAGCGACUUUUAAAAAAAUUGAGAGAACUGAAGAAAAAUCUAAUAGAUAAUCAUACACACAAUGAACUCAAACCUAAAGGAUUACAAUUACCUUACUUAUACGACCUACCCGAAACUCACAAACCCGACAUCCCGAUUAGACCAAUAUUAUCCAUGGCUAAUUCGUCCUUCCAUAAACUCGCCCGCUGGCUGACAAAGUGCCUAGAACCAAUCCGAAAGAAACUGACACCUUACAGUCUAAAAGAUAGUUUUGAAUCUGUACAAAAACUCGGCAACCUGAAUGUUUCCGAUAAAUUUAUGGUUUCAUUUGACGUCUCAUCGCUCUUCACAAACAACUCAUUGGAAGAAACGAUAGAGAUCAUAUGUGGUUAUCCUGAACUUCUACCUCUGCCAAUCCAUGAUUUUAAACAGCUCCUUUUUUGUGAACAAAAAACAUACAAUUUCAAUUCAAUAAUGUCUUUUACCGCCAAAUUGAUGGAGUUGCCAUGGGCAGCCCGUUCGGCACAAUUCUUGCCGAUACAUUUAUGGGAAACCAGGAACUAAAUAAGCUUAAGGAUGCAAUCGAUGGUACUACGCUGUACUGUAGAUAUAUUGAUGACACAUCUCUCGUCUGCAACAAUCAUGAGCACGCCAUUAGGCUACUUGAUCUGUUCAACAAAGCACACAAGAAUAUAGAAUUUACUAUGGAACAAGAAGUUGGAGGCAAAUUCCAUUUCCUUGAUAUUGGGAUCAAACGAACAUCUGAUGGCACAAUUCAUAGACAUAUUCAUCACAAAAAUACUUGGAGUGGACUAUAUCUGAAUUACUAUAGUUUCUGUCCAAUGAGUUACAAUAAGGGUAUUGUACGAACCCUUUUUGACCGCGCUCGUAAAAUGUGUUCAAAGGAAUGCUUGGAUGACGAAAUUACUCUCAUCACUAAUGUUCCACGUGAAAAUGCAUACCCAUUGAAAUUCAUCCAGAAACAUGCAAAAACCAAACUUCGGACAAAGUACGAUGGAGUAGAAAAGAAAACCUGCUUCUUACAUUUACGUUUCAAAGGUGAUGAAGUUGCCAGAUUCAUCAAUCACAUAAUUAAUUCUGCGUUGAAAGUGGCUUACUCAGCAGCAAAACUGACAACAAUAUGGCAAACGAACUGCUGACUUAAACAAACUAGAAUCGACCAGUCCGCUUUUAUUAGUAGCUCCAAAUGCAUUUACCAAUUCACAUGUACGUGCCAUAGCACAUACAUUGGAAGAACUGAGAGAAGAGUGCAUGUUCGAAUUUCUGAGCAUGUUCCGGAGAACUUGAGGCUGCGAGGGACUAAGGCUCUUAACAGUGUAAUAGCUCGGCAUUUACUGGACACCGGGCACACCGUCAACAUUUUGCACGCUUUUAAAACUAUCAAUAGACAAAGAAGUACGACUACUCUCCAUUUUGCUGAAGCCAUUGGGUUAUUUUAUUCAUUUAUUUAUUUUAAAAUAUUUAUACUCCUCCCCCUAUUAACUAAUUCUUAAACCAACUUUUUAUUCACACACAUUUCCACUCACUGAAUCCUCUUAAAUUAUCUUAACUUUCGGAAUUCUAUUUCAUUAUGAUUACGUAAUCCAUCUUCUCAUUAUUCAAUUCCAUUAAUCUCUAAAAUUAUCACACAACUACACUAAACUAUUAUACCAUCCACCCUGAAUUAAUUCCCUUUUUUUAACCUCUG